CUCGUAGCCCUCGCAGUUGGACCACGUGACAUCCGGUAACGCUGCGGAGCGCGCCUUCCCCAGCGCCGUUCGUUUUUCCGGGCGCCGCGAGUGGCGAGCGAUCCUGCGCGGCUUCUGAAUUGUGCUGAAGGGUGGCCACAGCAGCGUUACCACCACAAGUGGCAGCACCAUGUCGGAGCGCUCAGGCGUCCGGAAGCUGGCGCGAGAAGCCGCCAUCCAGAUCGCAUCGGGCGGCUCGGCGGGCUUCGUCGAGAUCUGCCUGAUGCACCCGCUGGACGUGGUCAAGACCCGCUUCCAGGUGCAGCACAACCAGCUGCUCGCCGCUGCCGGAGAGCAUCGCUACACCUCGAUCGCCGACUGCUUCCGGCGCAUGGUCCACGCUGAGGGAUUCCUGGCCAUCUACAAGGGAAUCCUGCCGCCGAUCCUGGCCGAGACGCCCAAGCGAGCCGUCAAGUUCUUCACCUUCGAGCAAUACAAGAAGUUGUUCGCGUUCGGCGGCCCCCAGACGGCCGUCACCCUCUCUUUAGCCGGACUGUUCGCAGGGCUCACCGAAGCUGUGUUCGUAAACCCGUUCGAAGUGGUCAAGGUGCGGCUGCAGACCGACAAGCAGGUCGUCACGCGGCAGCCGAGCACGUUCGCCGUAGCCAGAAACAUAUACCGUGAGGCAGGGUUUGGGCUUCGUGGCCUGAACCUCGGGCUCACCUCGACCAUGAGUCGAAACGGACUGUUCAACAUGUUCUACUUUGGCUUUUACUUCACAGUCAAGGACAAGCUGCCAAAGAUGGAUAGCGAGGCGGCCACCUUCGCCAUGCGGCUGGCUACGGGAUUCGUGGCUGGCACGGGCGCUUCCAUGAUGAACAUACCGUUCGACGUGGCCAAGAGUCGCAUCCAGGGCCCGCAGCCCGGGCCGCCUGGCACGAUCAAGUACAGGACUUGCCUGCAGAGCGUGCGCACCGUGUACGUGGAGGAAGGCUUCUUUGCACUCUACAAAGGCCUCGUGCCCAAGGUCCUUCGGCUUGGUCCCGGCGGCGCCGUCAUGUUGGUCGUGUACGAGCACAUGCACGAAUUCCUCAAGAAAAAGUUUCCCGGCUGAUGAUGUCAGAAGCAAAGUCUAGAGCCACGAGAAAUAAUUCAAAGAAGAAUGAAGGUUUGUUUGUUUGCCUCUGAAAGCUUUGGCUCAACCUCCCCACAUGUUUAAAUGUUUCAAGCUCUGGCUUCUCUUUGAGAACAUUGUCCGGUGAUCAUGCCACCCUCCAUCGCACCAUUUGUUCUCAGUUGUUCUGUUUUUCCAAAGAAAGCGGACACAAUACUAGUGUGCUUUUGUGAGCGCCUUCACAGAACCAGUGUGCUUUCGUGAGCGGCUCACAGAAGUUCCUGGCACAUGUCAAACAGGGUGUUGAGCGGCGAUAGUGCUUUGCGUUUUGGGUUAACAAGGCCUCAAUAUAUAGAAAAAUAAUUGUGUGUUGGGUGUACUUCCUCAUGCCUGAUGCGAUACCGGGUUUUCCGCUAGUGGCGUUCCGUAAAACAUUCACACUAUAUGAAAAACAUUACGAGUUUUCACACGUCAAAAAAUGUCAAAAAUAUUAUUUAAAGCGGCUUAUUUCAUGCCGCUGUGCAACGCUCAACAAUUGAAAUGCUGUAAUCGGAGCACACUGCAUCCAUUCGAUGUAUUCGGUGCGGCUUACGUUCGCGUGCCUUGUACCGGCUUGUUAUUCGCACUAUUUUCAAAAGCCCGCACACCCCAUCACACCACGGACGUUCUUCGAGCGCUUAAAUUGCCGCGUUUUGUUCUUUGAGAACUGUACAUAUUAGAAACAAUUCAGCCGAGUUAUAACAUUAUGCAUGGAAAGAUUGACGUACUUAAAGCUGUUUUUAGUUAAUGCAGUUUUUUAUCAUUUCUCGUGGCGGAAUAACUUGCUACCGUACUUACCUUUUCAACGAAGUGCUGCUUUUAAGAUUGAUUGCUAUGACAAUUAUCGAUCCAGGCUGAAACUGAUGCGCUCUUGCAUACUCGAAAAGACGACGAAAUUAAACGCACGUCCGAAUACGCAGGUUGAUACAAAAGUAUAAUUUUGGUGAUUGAGCAAAUUACUUGGUAUCCAGUAUUCCUCUGAGGAGUCUUGCGGGAACCACAUUCUGCAGUAUAUAGCCUGUAGCGAAUUAGCAGCUUACUACAUCGGAAAGUAUGAGAAGUUUGAGCGCUAUAACCUCACUUGGAAUUGUCGUCGCGUACAUUUUCUGGUAUUGUCACAUUGACGCAUCGCUGGGAGGCUUUUCAAAAGUUGCAAUUCCGAGUGAGCUCACCCGCUCGGGCAAGUUCCGAUCCGGCCGAGCCGCCAGCUGCGCAGUUUACAGCACAGAUUGUGCUUUUCUCCUUUUUCAUUUCUUGCUGAGCAACUUCGACUGGGAAUGUUUUGUGCUGCCUUGCGAUCCUCAGCAGGUGUUUGAAGAGCGUGACUUGCGCUUCGACACACGUGGGGGCGUGCUGUUAACUGUUAUGCCGCGCCCUUUCAGUUUUAGCAAGCCACAUUUGCUUUGCGACCAGUGCCCGACCAAAGAACAAGAAAACGUUGCAUAGCUGGCGGCUUACCCACGUCAUACGUGAUACUGCUUCCUUGUUGUGUUAUUAUACCCGGUAAAGUUUAUUUCUGGCG